AUGAAUAUUACCAAACAUAAUCUACACUUCCACAAAACUUCUUUCUUGCCGGGACAGACCUAUAUAAUUUGCCAGUCCUUACGACACCAAUCGUCCCUGGUUUCCAGACAUCCGACUACCUCGCCUGUAGAAGACCCAAAGCAUCAACCAUCCCAACUGCACCGCAUAUCUACCGUGAACCUCAUUCGCAACAUCGUCCUCGGCAGAGUAUUCACAUCGCCAUUUCUGUUCAAGUAUGGUGUGGCAUGUCUAUCCAAGAUAGCAAACUCGCAUUCAGCAUUGCUGGAUCCAGACAGAAAUGCAUUGCUACGAGCUCUGAUCAAGCCAAUUAUCUACGACCACUUUUGCGCUGGCACGAAUAAGCAGGAGAUCAAGAGAACUCUGGAGUAUCUCAAGACCAUGGGGUUCAAGGGUGUUAUUCUCAUCUAUUCGAGAGAGAUACCCGCUAUGCCAGUAGAAGAAUUGCAUGAACUAGAACCACUGACCAAAGAUGAAGACAUCGAUAUAUGGCGAGAUGGAAAUGUAAAGACGUUGGACAUGGUUGAGCCAGGCGACUACGUCGGCAUAAAAUUCACAGGUGCUGGACCUCGAGUUGCGCAGGCUCUAGCUCAAGGUAGAGAUCCACCGCAACAGCUCUUAGAUGCCAUGUCCGCCACCUGCGAGCGUGCCGCCGCGCAAGGAAGUCGGCUUUGGAUCGACGCUGAGCAACAAGUCUUUCAGCCCACCAUCGACCGCUGGACGGUCGACAUGAUGCGACGUUACAAUACCAAGGGCGAAGCUUUGGUAUCGUUGACUCUACAAGCCUAUCUCAAGUCUGCCAGAAGCACUCUCGAGAAACUGCUACAACAAGCCCGUGACGAAAACUGGACACUGGGAAUCAAGCUAGUCAGGGGCGCAUACAUCGGCAGCGAGACCCGCACCUUAAUCCACGACACCAAGUCCCAAACAGACGAAUGCUACAACAGCAUAGCCGCCUCCCUCGUCACAAAAUCCUUCUCGCGCUUCAGCAAGCAAGAUUUUCCGAAUGUGGAAUUGUUCCUCGCAGGCCACAACUCAGACUCCAUACGCAAAGCUUACGCUUUAUAUCAAGGUCUAUUGCAAAGAGGUGACACACCUCCGCCCAUCAAAUUCGGUCAAUUGUUAGGCAUGGCCGACGACAUCAGUUGUGAAUUGCUAGCCAUGGGCGACAAAGCGGCAGGACAAACUGAAAAGACAGCUGCAGCUCCCAUGGUGUACAAAUGUAUGAAUUGGGGGAGUGUGAGAGAAUGCAUGCACUAUCUCGUGCGAAGAGCAAUGGAGAACCAGAGUGCAGCCCUAAGAAUGCAAAGCACUGUCAGUGUAAUGCAGAAGGAACUGCGAAGGCGCAUUGGAUUGUGA